AUGCAAGAAUUUGUGACCACCAACCACUUGGCCAACCCAAUUCCCUGUUCAUCCCGAACUUCAAAUCUACCAUGGACCACGAUUGUACGGGAAGAUAGCCCCAUCGACAGAGCAAAUAUCCAAAAUCGCAAUCAAAAAGUUAGAGAGAUCCGCAAACCCGGUGCAAAUGGGUUCCACGAACCAGCGGAAGGUUUUGUGACUUUGCCGCCGUGGGGUCGAAUGAUGCAAAGUGUUCGUAACAUUGCGGCCCAGUAUGCACGAUGUAUGCAAAAACGGUUAUGCAUGCAAGAUGAGCGGCAUUCGCUUGAGCUGUCGUCGGACCAGAAAAAAAGCCCGUCGGGACCAAAGGGUGUCAGCCUCGUAGAAAGACGAGAUAGCCGCCGCUGGACUCACAACACCACAACUGAAAUGGAGAAAGUCUCAGGAGAUGGAAUCAAAAUGUUUUAUGUGGGCGGAGUGCUGCGGACACUGAUAGUCGCGUUGCUCAUUGGCCCGUAUGGCGUUCACGCAGCGUUGAUGCCGUCGAUCGAUGGAUGUGCACGAGUCUCGAACGUCGAAUCUUGGUUCGGGCGACGUCGGGACAGGGAUCAACUUCCGCCGCAUAUGGAAACACACGUCCAUGAUGUCUCGCAGCUUGGACAAGGUCUCAGCCGUCUUCUCGUGGUCAACAUUGGAAGGAAUGCCACGCAACCUGCUCCUCGCGUGGGCCAUACCGGGAGGGACAGGGUGGUCUUCCGGGAACCCGAUCCAAAGUUCAUCUCGACUUGGCUCCGAAGAGGUCAAGCUAAACCUCGCUCGGUCCGUUGGGACGUCGGCAACGGAAAAUCCUCCCGUCCGACCCACGGAGCACCAGCUUCCAAACAGGACAUCACGCUCCACAAAAGCAACUUUAUACCAAACCGCUGGGAAGCCUUCUGGAAGACAACGAGGGAACAAUUGUAUCGAAAUCUCAUGAGCAGCCUGUUGUCCAAGUCGGGGGUUUAA